GAAUCCUUUUUUCCCCUUCUCCAAGUCACUAACAACAUAUAAAACCGAAACACCCUAUUCAUAUUUGUCAUCCUUAUCCAGCAAAAAGAAAUUACAACGUGAAGCUCAGUCGAUAAGCAAGUUCAUACAGCUACCUUUUUCUCUUCAGAUUCAGAUCUUUGAUAGCAGAAAUGGCAACUUCACUUGCUCUCAGGAGGGCCACCGGAGCUUCAUCGCUCUUCAACAGGCUCGUCAAUCCUGUUCGCUCUGCCUCUGUUUUCCGAUCCUUCAAUACUAACACUCAGAUGACAGAUUACGACCAGGAUGAUCGCGGCGUUGAUGUUGACCGCUCGUCCGGUCGCUCCGUCUCUCGCCGCCAGGAUGCUUUCCCUAGUUUGUUCUCAGAUGUAUUUGAUCCAUUUUCACCACCAAGGAGUGUGAGCCAGCUACUAAACAUGAUGGACCAAAUGAUGGAUUCUCCAUUUGCAUCGGCACCGCGCGCUAUGGGCACUGGAGUUGGAUUAAGGAGAGGAUGGGACGUGAAGGAGGACGAUAAUGCUCUGUAUAUAAAAAUGGAUAUGCCUGGGCUCGACAAGGAGAACGUGAAGGUGGCAGUGGAGGAGAACACGUUGAUCAUCAAAGGAGAAGGCGAGAAAGAGUCAGAGGAUGAAGAGUAUAGAAGGAGGUACUCUACGAGAUUGGAAAUUCCUCAAAAUCUCUACAAAUUGGAUGGAAUUAAGGCGGAGAUGAAGAAUGGAGUGCUGAAAGUGGUGGUUCCAAAGGUGAAGCAAGAAGAGAGGAAAGAUGUUUUCGAUGUUAAAGUUGAGUGAGCUUUUAGCUGUGUUAUGUUUGUGUGAUUUGGGUCGGAUAUUAUGAACAUUUUCCUUCUUUUUUUCCCCUCGCUAGUCGCUAGGUUUGUCUGUAGUGAUUUGUCCGUGGAAAUAAAAAGAUGACCUGCUUAAAAAAACGGAAAUAUGGUUGUAAGAGACUGUUCAAUUAGCAAACUGGAAAGUUGUUAAGAGUAUGCUGUUCUUGAAGUUUUUUCUUUGUUCUCAAAACUAUUGCAGCUAUCUUACUAGCUUUAGGCC